UCCUCCGCCCGCUUUCCCCCAAUCGGUGAGCGGGUCUGUGAUAGUGCGAACAGGGCUGGAGGGGGGAUCGCAGUCAGCGCUGCUGGGAGGAGGAGGAGGUGGAGGAAGGCUCUCCCACCGCCAGCUCCUCCAUCGCUCACACACCGGGAUCCGGGGGCCCCGCAGGCACGGCGCCAGGACUGCGAGGGCAAGAUGGCGGUCACCCUGGAUAGCAUUCGGAAAAUGGGAUUUCUUAUUUUGAAAAUGAUCAUCCGAUUUACCUUCAUGUUCGUCAACAACAUGUUUGCUAUUCCGUCCUAUGUACUCUAUUUAAUAGCUCUGCAGCCUGUCAGACUGAUAGACAGUAAACUGUUCUGGUAUAUUGAAGGGGUCAUGUUUAAAUGGCUCCUGGCUAUGGUGGCAUCAUGGGGAUGGACUGCUGGGUACACAGUUGUUGAAUGGGGUGACAACGUCCACACGAUCACAGAAGACGAAGCCGUCAUGCUGGUGAACCAUCAAGCGACAGGAGACGUGUGCACGUUAAUGAUGUGCUUACAGGACAAAGGCCGGGUGGUUCAGCAGAUGAUGUGGCUUAUGGACCAUAUAUUUAAAUAUACCAAUUUUGGUAUCGUGUCCCUUGUACAUGGAGACUUUUUUAUCCGACAGGGUAAAGCUUACCGGGACCAGCAGCUGAUCUUCCUCAAGGACCACCUUGAGAGGUACUACAGGAGUCGAGAUAGAAAGUGGAUCAUUUUAUUCCCAGAGGGAGGCUUUCUCAGGAAAAGAAGGGAAACAAGCCAGCUGUACGCCAAGAAGAAUAACCUGCCAUUUCUCACGCAUGUCACCCUGCCGAGAUUGGGAGCUACGCACGUUAUUUUGAAGACGUUGCUGGCACAGCAAGAGAACGGGACGUUGACAGGAGGGCAUUCUCCAGUAGUCGAUCGAAAGCCAAAAGGUUUACAGUGGGUGAUCGACGCGACAAUUGGAUACCACAGUGCACAUCCGAUGGACAUCCAGACUUGGAUUCUUGGUUACCGGCCACCUACUGUCACUCAUGUGUACUACAGAAUCUAUCCCAUUAAAGAGGUUCCCAUGGAAACAGAAGCAUUAACAGAUUGGUUAUAUCAGCGAUUUGUUGAAAAAGAGACGCUAUUGUCACAUUUUUAUGAAACAGGUGCUUUUCCUCCCCCACAGGGACAGAAGAAAGCAGUGUCGAGGGAAAUGACCCUAAGCAAUGUCUGGCUCUUCCUUGUACAGUCGUUUGCCUUUUUGUCAGGGUACAUGUGGUACUGCAUUCUUCGCUAUUUUUAUCAUUGCCUAUUUUAAAAAAAGCUCAGUGGGACCUGAGGACUCAGACGUAGGAAAUUGUAAGCUCUGACAAAAGAGCACCAUGUUAUCUGUGUGAAUGUGAAAACACCACAGGCAACAAAAUCGCUGACUUAUUUUUUUUUUUUUUUAUAUAUAUAUUUUAUUUUAUUUGUUUUUGCGUUUUAAGCCCAGACUGGGGCAGUUUUAAACUGGCGUGAUAUUACGGCUCAAUGCCGAUGACCUGCUAACGUGUUUUCAGCAAGUGGGCAAGAGGUGUUUCUGAAUCUGUUUAACAUAUGAAAGUGAGGCCUGAAACCGAUGACCUGAUUUAACAAGGCCGCGAAAAUGUACGUAAAGAAGAAAGUUCGGCGGGUUGGCUACUUUCUGUCGUAGCAACCAGCGCCAAGUCACCGAUCCCUGAGCAAUUUGGGUGCAGAUCCAAGGCAUCGCCCAACAAUACAAGACAAUGAAAUGCAUUGCGCAUUGGCCAAAACGCCUAAGGGAGGCGUUGUGAUCACAAA